CUAGAGGCUGGAGAGCUUAUAAUGUAACAGAGAAGGUGAAAAUGAAAGAUGAAGAAGUUAAGAAAGCGGUUCAGAGCGACGAAGAUGCAAAAACCGCCGAAAACGGCGAAGUAGUGGACAUGGACGGAGAUGCUACGCACGCGGUGAACGCUAAUGGUAAAAGCCGAACUAAACCUCAUCGUAAACGGCGAGGUUCUACUUCGCCGGAAGAGGAUAUUAUCGACGGAUUUGCCAUUUCUUCGUACUCGUCUUUGGAGGCAUUGGAGGUAAGGAGAAAUGUUAAUUAUUUGCGGCCUUCUUUAUCAAUCUAUUAACAGUAGCAGGUCGGUCAAAUGCUCCUCUCUCACACUUCUUUGCGACGAGUCAAACUACUGUAACGAGCAAAGUAGGAAUCGCUCAGUUAAAGGAAAUUUUAAUGGUGCCAUGCGAAAGAGAGUUGUUUGGGUAGUAUUGGAUACGAUUGAUUCGUUCUGUUGUUUUGAAAAUGCUCAUCCUUUAGCCAUUUUGUGUACAGAGGGCGGCCAAGAAUGGAGAUCGUACAAUGUUUACUUUUCGCAACAAUUCACUCGAGCUUUCAGCCUCAAGAACUACUUCCUACAAUGAUAAAUGUCAGAUAUUCGAUUGAUCUGUAAUUUCGAAAUAGAAGCCUAAUUUGGUAGAUUUUCAAACAGGAUUACAAAUCGAGGCUCUUUCAGAGGCUGUUCGCCGCGAUCUCGCACAUCCGAGUGGUCAGAAACUUGUCUUUCAACGACCUUAUUCUGUCUUCGUGCCGAAUUUUGAGAGGUGGUCCUUUUCGAGAGAUUUUCAAGGAGAUAUCAACGCUAAAUAUAUAAAAGCUACGCAUGAACAACUUCCUACGUGUUGUAGUCGUCUCGGUAUCAUUGUUUCCAAGUGAUACUUAGAGUUGUAAUUUAGCGAGUAAACCUCGAGGAGACCACAAAUGAUUCUCGAUAGCCCAAGGAGGCCAUUUUUGCGUGUUAGGAAAAUAGUGUGCGUAAAGUGCAGAGUGCCUUAUCUGCUAAAACAUGGCUGAUCGACCCUUUCGUUCGUUGUACAUGGCUUGUUUCCUUCCGGGGUGCUUUAUAAAGCCACGAAAGCUGUGCAUCUGCAAUUUGCUUUCAAGCUGCGCGAAGCUAACGGCGUUGGAUGUUUUGACCACAGCUUAGAAAUUAAGAAUGUUGUCGGGCGCUUGAGUGAUAAACCUUAAAAAUCGGCAGCGAAGGGAUAUAUGUACGUUUUUAUUACAGACAAAUAUCUCGAGUGCAUAUUCAAUCGGUUACUCGAAUGAAAAGUGGCUUUCGAACCCUCUUUAAAUUUUCAGUGCUGGUGAAAACAUCUUGCCCUAAGGAGUAUUAAAUAUUCAGCGAUUAAAAUAGGACCGAUCAAGCCAAACUCUCGCAGAUGAUUGGAUUAAGUUAUUAACAAACAUUCCACCCUUGUUAGCUAUAGCUUUGUUAGCUUCACCUCAUAGCCAUGUUAUUUUUAUGUUUAAAUUUUUCUUGCCCUUCAUGGCCUUUUGCCAGUCUUCAAAGAUCCACACUUUGAAAAAAUACUCAAAGCGAUCGAUUGCUAUUCAUGAGAUCCCUGAAUCUGAAAGAGCUUGUUUUUAUACACAUUAAAAAUGUUCCCACCUCGUUCUCACUUAUUCCUUAACUUUUCUUCGCAUAUGCCUUUUGUUAGAAGAAGCAUCAACGAAACUAAAAUUCGGUUAUUUGAUAAUUCGGAGUGGAACUGAAAUCAUUAGUUUAUAUUUGAAAAUGUUUAUUCCUCGAGAGAUCGAGCUUACACAGGGAUCUUUUUAUCAAUGGUUUGUCGAUUCGGACUGCAAAUCUCAACAACUGCGUUCUCUUCUUGUUAACUCAGCUUUGUUUAAUUUUGUACCUUUUUGCCACUAGUGUGUGUUUUAAUUCCCCAGAGGACCUUCCUUGUUUGUAGAAAGAACAAUAUCUUAAGGUUCCAGACCAAUAUACCUGUCUUUCUGUCGAGAGAUGUUGAGUGCAUCCCUUGGAAGCCUAUUUUUGAAAGUACUGAGUCAAUACUCUGUUUCUGUGGCAAUCUCUUGAGCCUCAAAGCAUGUGAAUGCUUCCAGGCACGAGUUAUUUGAUAGAUUGAUGCCUUUGUCCAUUUGACAGGCCUGCUAAAAUUAAAAGAAAUAUUUUUGUCUGUGUUACAAAUUGUGCAUGGGGAAUUUUUUGUUCAAUAUCGCCUAGUCUUGAUGAAAACUCGAAACACUAUCAGCUGAAGUGCUUUGGAUAUAAGUAUAAACUUUAAAUUUUAUGUUCUCUAUUUGUUCCAAGUUUAUACUUAAAUCUCAAUUCUUAACCUUUUCUGUUACAAGAUUUAAAAUCUAGUGAUUCUCUGUGAGCACCAUUAUAUUUAAUUACAAGUGAAAUUUACAUUUUUAUGUACAGUGCUUUUAAAAUGUCUUUUCCAUGUUUUAAAUGGUUUUCGGUUCUAAUCAAUAUGAAUUAUUCUUGUGAAGGCUUCUAUGUCAUCCGUCAUGGUGGGCAUUUACACUGAGAUGGAGUGCCUUUAGAGACUGUCUGAGAGUUUAAAAGUCCUGGUGUGGUUUUCUAUCACAUUUAUUUCAGAAAAUGUUGAACCCUGAUCAGAUAUAUACAUAUAUAUAUCUAAACAUUAAAUAACAGAAUUUUCAGCAUAAGUAACUUUUUACUCCCAUAUCAAACUUGUGAAAUAGCAAAAUUCAAAGUUUCCUUUUUCAGUACAAGCUGGGAAACAAUCCAGGCUUAUGCUAGCCAGUCAGUGCUCUCCAGUUGUUUGGUACAUGCCAAGUAUCUUGUCACAGUGUGGUAAAUCUUAGGUCAAAGUAAUAAUUAUUACAAUAGUUUAAUUAUUAUUUCUAUUUUCCUUUGUUCCAGACCUCUUACCAUACUCUGAGGCAAAAAAAUGAAAAUCAGUUACCUAACUAGUAGUUAAAAAUAAUUUCAACCUGGAAUUCAUUUCAAAUUAUUGAAGUGUAAGCUGAGGUCAAGGAAAAUUUUCUUCAGGGAAUCUUAGGUCAAAAUAAUAAAACAGUUUUAUUUCUAUGUUUCUUCCAGACUUUUUAGCAGAAUCUGAGGCCAAAAAUAAGAAAAGAAAACCAAACUAGUUAAAAAUCUUUUCAACUUUGUAUUCAGUGCAUAUUACAUUUCCAAGCACUAUUAAUUCAAUUAUUAAUUAAAGACCAGGAAUUUCCUGACCCUAGCAUAUGCUUUAAUAAUGUUAAUAACACUGUCAAUGAAUAAAAUGGUGUUGAAAUUUUUUCAGAUAGUUUAUUUACCAAAGUAUAAAUCUGUACUGUAUUUAUGGUUAUUUUUGUCAGUCACGAGGUCCAAGCAAACCAGAGCUUCAUGGAGAUACAAGGCGAUCACACAAGAGCUCAAAGCGAGGCUUAGAAAAUGGCAUAAAUGGAAAGAAAAGAAAGUCUGAAAAGCGCCGUGCAAGGGUAAGAGGUCUUCAGAUUUCAUCACAUGUACAUGUAUUGUUGAAAAAUUACUUAUCUUAUGAGCUGGUGAAGGUACAUUAAGUUUAUGACUUUUCAAAAUACUGACUGUCAAAUCUAACACGUCUGUGAGAAUAAGACUACUGUUUUCCAGCUGCCAACUAUUACUAGAAACAUCAUGCUAAGUUUGUCAAUCUAAAGAAUUGGGGAAACCUGAGUAAUUAAACCAGUUAGAACUCAAAUUAUGCAUGAAUAUUUAUAACAGCCUUUCUUUGUGAUAAGGAGAGGUGAUUUUUCAAAAGUGGUUCCCUGGAAGGUGUAGGACAAUCUUCUAUGUUUCAUGUGCUUGGAGUUGCAUUUUUUGUUAAAACUAUUGUCAUAUUUUGCCUUCUUGUCGUGGAAACCUGUGAUUGUUUUUAUUAGCAGCUCAAUGAAAAGAAGUUAUACAGUGUUGGUUACCAGUUAUUUUGUUUACCUUUUUAUUUAAAUUUAAUUUUGAGAGUGGGUAGAUCUAUUGGUGAGGCGACAAGAAACAAAUUAUAUAAGCUGAUUUGUGAACUUAAUUGAUUAUUGCAAAUAACUCAGUGAAUAAUAACGAGCGAAAGAAAGUUUUAAUGGAUGUAUCCUCAUGGUUUUGUCUAAUGCUGUAUUCUAGAAGUGAAAGAUGAAGAAAAAAGGUAAUUUUGAUGCAAAGUUUUGGUUUUGUUUGCAUUUCCAGAUUGAAUUGUAACAUGAUUCUGGUGUGUGUGUUUUUUUCUAAUAUGUGUGUAUCUGUGCUCACUUUUACAUUGCAUGGUUUUUUAAUCAUUCAAGUGGUUUUCAUUCCUUUGCCUGCCAAAAACUUAAAAUAUAUAUACAUAUAUCUACAAAUAUAUGUUGAAUUUUUGUCUUACAAUUGAGACACAGAAAGAAUUCUGCACCAAUUGAAAUGUUGUUCUACUUUUUGUACUUGAAUGUUGAAAUUUGGCCUUGAGACUUUGUCUUGUUGUUGUAUUUAGAAUUUAAGUUGCGUUAUUUAGGGACUUAAAGAUGUGAGCAACUGUUGUGGUUUAUUGUUAAAUAAUAUUUUGGCUUUCUGAAUUUGGUGUUAGCAUUUGGAUAUUCAUAUGUGUGUUUGUACCAACCUUUAAUAUCAUUUAUUUAAUAAUUUAUAAACAUGGCUAAGGAUCACCAGGCUCCAACCAGAAAACCCUUAAAUUAUACAGUUUUCCUUAUUAUGGCCACUGUGCAUCAGACAUUAAAAGUAUAGCAAUGGUGUCUCGGGUACAUUUUUGACAUGUACAUAGUAUUUUGUAGCGAGGGAACUUGUAUAAAGACGUGCUAAUUUUUCUACAGUUUGUGUACAUGUCAGAGUACAGAACAGGGAGUUUUUAAGGAUCGCCUUUACAUCCAAAAUAUUAUAAUCCCUCAAAAGUUGACAUGUUGUGGCUAAUUUUUAUCUUUGAUUUAAUUUUUUUUUUGUUUCAAACUCAUUAGCAUACACUACCAUUCCCAUAGACAAAGGAAAAUCAAAGAAUUUAAACCAAGGAAAAAAUUGAAGCACAACUUAUACAUUGCAUUUUAUUUCUAUUCAUGUACCUCUCAUUUACUGUAACUACCACUCUGUAUGUUCUUGAAAUGUUCUUUUUUCGCAACUGUUUCACACAACAUUGAUUUUAUCCGAUCAAUGGUAUGGUGAUAAAUGUUAGAGUUGCCAAUUUGGCUGCCUGUAUUCCACAGUCUCGUUCUUGAUUUGUUAAUUUUUUUGCUGUGUAAUACAUUUGAAAUAAAGUGUUUGCAAAAUGCACCCCCCCAAAAAAAAAAAAAAAAAAAAAAAAAUAAAAAAAAAAAAUUGACUGUCUUGUGCUAAACCACAGUGAGAGUGGUUCUAAGUACAAGCAGAAACUCAUAAGGGGUUGAAACGUGUAACUCGCGUUCAAUGCUCCUGAAUAUUCAAUUUUACCAUAUUUGGAAACCUUGGUGAAAAAUGGCUGCCGCGCAAUCACCAUGUGGUGGUUUUAAGACCAGAGUUCUGCAUUUCAGCGUUAAAAAUACACUGUUAAUAGACAAAAGAUGGAAAGAUAAAGUUCAAAAGAAUGCUCAGUUUUCGUUUUACUUACUUCAAAACUUUCUGACAACCCUGAGAGGGUUAUGAAGUUUGAUUCUUGAGAAUUAUUCUGUGGUUUUCUUUCUUCUCUGAUUAUGAGACUUUUAGGAAGACAACACACAAGUUUUUUUUCCCUUGAUAAUCUAUUUUUUGGAAGAACAUUCUUUAAUCGAUUAUCACACCACUUUAAGAUUUCGAUCAAUGAUCGAUUCUCAGCACACUGCUCUUUUAAAAAAUAGUCAGACCAAAACCAUUACACUCUGUUUUUCUUAGCAGAUCACCACUGGUAAAAUUUACCACUUGAAGCAACACUUCCCACAGCCUGUAGUGGCUUAAAGUAUUACCAAAAUUAAAUAAGUUGUUUAAAAAAAUACCCAAUUUAUGAUCCAAGCUGUUCCUCAAAAGAAAAGGAAGUACAAUACAAUAAUUCAAUCGUGGGAAAAAGCCAAAAUUUAUCGGAUGUAAGAUCAGAAGGAUGCGGGUCAAUUGGUUUUCUUAUAAUCUGGGGUAUCUACUCCUGUGCAAUGACAUCACAUAAAAUGCACUUGGACGAGAUUGAGAGAUUUUGAGUGAAGUUCCAGAGAGCAAGCAAAUUAUAAAUGAGGUGAGCGUUAAGUAAUUGCUUUUUAAUUUUCUAGAUGUCUUUAUUUGCUUAGAUAUAUUGUAAGCCGGUCUUGAUCCAGAGCGUUUUAGUGAUGAAUCUCAAGGAACACAACAGCAACAAGAAAUUUUAUUGAAAACUGGAAAUAUAACUGACUACAUUUCUUUCCCACCUGCAAAUAGCUAAUAAACUAAUCGAGGCAGGGGGAGCUGAAGACAUAUUACAAGUACAACAAGGUUUUGAAGACAUAUUACAAGUACAAGACGAGAGAUUUUUGUGUUUGACUGUUCUAUUUGCAUAUUCGCAAAUAAAUGGAGGUGCGAAGAUAUAGAUCAAGUUAUCCUUCUUCUCUGUGCUUUCAGCUGAAGUGAUGUGCGAGGCAAAAAUUCUUCUGUUCAGAGAAAACUGCUGACUCUAGCUUGCUGGUCUUGGGCAAAAAAAGAAGAAAGGUGCAAAGCAAACCAGCUCUGCAUCAAAAGCAACUUCAGUACCACGCAAUAUUGUUUAUCAAAGUAAUGUAUUCUCUGCCUGUUGAGGCAUUAAAUUUGACUGUUGUGUCAAAAUCUCUGCCUGUUAAGGUAAAUAAUGCAGCUGAUGAUUUGACUGUGAGUCUUAUUUGUCCAUCGAGGUGAAAGAAAAGCUUGGAACCAUAUGGAGUCCAAAUGUGUUUUGCUCUUUCAAGCUAACCCCUGGCUAACCAUUCAACUGUAAAAUUAGUUGACUGUUGCAUUUGCAACCAUCUGCUAUUCCGGUACACAGGCUACCAUUGGGUCCAAUUGUUUUUAAACCUUCAAGUCAAAAGAAAACUUCUCAAGCACCACAAUAAACACGUUAAUAUCCAUCUAUCGAUAUCUUCACACCUCCAUUUGCAAAUUGGCAAAAAUUGUUGACAUAGUAGAGCAGCAUGAUACACCAAUAAAAUAUCUUGUGUGCCUCGGUAUUCAUCUGAUUUAACUAUUUGUGACCUCGAUAAAAUUAUUUCCAUAGGCAAAUAAAAUUACGAAAAACUCAGGCCUCAUUUAUCAUCUGCUUGCACUCUGGAAAUUUACAUAAAGUGCUUUUAUACAUCACAAAUACAUGGAAUUAAUGGUAUUUUUUAUUUAAAAAGGCUUACUUUCUGUAAUUCCCAGGGGUCAUUUUCAUGGCUUCCCUUUAUUUGUUUUCAAACUGUAUUCUCUGUUUUGCCCUCCAGCUCUGAUGCCAGCACUUACUUUCAAAUGGAAACUCCUAGUGUUUAACAUAUGCUGGCAGAGAUGUAAUCUACACUUUGUAAAGUUACUGAAGGGUUGUUGACAAAACUCAGCUGUUAUUGAUAUUAAGAUAAAUCUGACAGGUGUUUACAGUAAGUCAACCAAAAACAAAGUAUAAACACUGGAAGAUAACUGGCACCUCAAGUUCAGAAACUUGUUCAAACUUGAAAAACAACUCUUUUGAUUAAAAAUUUGUGCCUAGUGAGGAAAAGUCUUAAGCUUCCAUAAAUGUGUAUCACUAUGCAUUGCUGAACCUAGCCUGAUGUUUGUUGAAGUCUAAAUAAAAAUUAAUUAUUUAGUUUGGCUAAAGAUCAUCGAGCAGAACUUUACAGUGUAGGUUAGAGUCACUAAUACAUAAUUACUGAACUUUCAUUUGUAAAAGCUGUUAAUUUGUAUGCAGGCAUGACUAUGUACCUGGAAACUACACCGCCUUUCAUUGUUAACUUGUUCCAAGCCAGUCAAAAUGUUUCACAAUAGUUGGUGUGGUAACCAUAGAAACAGGCAGCAAAGAUGUAAAUUCGUGGGGAGAUCUAAACUUUUUUGGCUCUAUGAAUGGUGACCAGUUGUACUGGAUCAGCACUGGGAUGAUCAAAAUACACAUAGAGGUUUUUGAAACUUAUUUUAAUCAGCUUUUCAUUGCUGUCAUGUCUACAGUAAGAAUUGGAAGCUAUCUGUUAAUAAUAGCGUCAUCACUGAAAGGGAGUUUGAGGAUUAUAUUGACCAAAUUUCUCCAGCUAUAAAAUAGUGUAUUUUUCACCACAAAAGUAUACCUGAAGAUAAUGUACAAUGUACUUUAUAUUAGUCUGUUAGGAAAAGUUUUGAACUUUGUUUUCUCAAGUGAUAAAGGGAUUAAAUUUACAUUCCAAAUUAUCAUUUCUUACAGAAUUUCAAGGAAUUUUUGGGGUGGGGUAGGGGGUAGGUUUAACUUACAGCCAUUGUUUUUGCAACUGUGAGUGGUGUUAAGAGUCAAAACUUGAAAAGUUAAUUACAGAAUAAAUUGCAUAAAGUGAGAAGUUCUUUUAUAGGAUUUUAUGCACAGGUGCUUAUACAUGUGAAGUAAGAUUACAUUAAAGGUCUAAGGUGAGAGCCAUUAUUGUUGUCCCUCUCUAACUGAAACAAUUCCGCUGAGGUUUCAACGACAAAAGUUGUAAUCUACUUAUAUAUGAAAUCACAGUCCUGAAUAAGUCUGUUGUUGUAUCUAAUGGCACCUCCACAACAAUUUGGCCUAUUUACUCUUAGUGAGAAACGUUCAUCUUGUGUCACAGUUUUUUGCCUUCUUGGGAACAAAAGGCAAAGAGUACACCUGUACCUCUUGGCUCCUAAUAAACUGAUUUUACUGACCAGCUGAGCUAUUGAGACAUCUGUGCAAGUACUAGCUUUGUGUCCAUUUAUCACUUGUUGUCAGUGCUGUUUGGGUUAUAACGUGUAUGCAAGGCUUGUUUUCAGAGGUCCCACCUGUUGCCACAGUCAUUUGUUUUAUGCUGUGGGCAUGUAUGAAAAAUAAUGUUAUAUAAUGCAUACAUGUACAUUGUAAUGUAUACAGAAUGAACAGUUAACCCUUGAUCAUUCUAAACAGGUCACUCCCACAUUUGUACGGAAGGACAAAUAUGUCUGGUUUCUAUUAACAGGGGCAAUCUGUAACAGCUGAAGGCUGUUAUGAUCACCUAAAUUGGUUUUAGAAACACUUGUGAAUGAUAAUAUUAUUUUUUGUUGUAUGGCAAAUACACUAGUAUUCCCUUGGGAUUGCCAGAUUUUACAGGUCUUUUUCAUUGUUUUGUGUAGCAGUUAGGCUACUGGAUUUCAGACUGGUAUAAGGUCAGUUAUUCUUAAUAGCUCUGGUCUCAUUUCCUUGGAUAAAAAAUUAUGUUACUCUUUGUUGGGAGAAAAAAUUAUUGCAUUCGGUGCACAUCCUCAGAGAUUAGGUUGCAUUACAUACAUGUAUCAUGAUCAGUGACCCACAUUCGUUAUAUUUCAAUUAUUCUAACAUGACUCCGAGGCUUGAGGGGCAAAAUUGCAAAUUCUUCAUGACUCCAUUGUUUCGCAAUUCCCAGAAGAGACUUAAGCACAAAGAAAACCUAACCAGAUACAUAGAAAAAUGACCAGAAACGCUGGGAGUCAUGUUAUGAUUUUAAUUUAUUAAAAUCUGAAUAAUUGGAUAAUGCAAUUUUAGAGCUCUGAUUGGCUUAGCCAUCAUGGUAUAUGAGCCAUUAUACCAUGCUCUCCAAAUAUGUUAACUUUACGUGUCUGCUCAAAAUUAAAAACAGGCUGAAAAUUGGUUGUUUUUACAAAUAAAGUCGGGAAGAAUUCUCAAUAUUUUGUGGGCAUUUUUAGUGAAACAAUUAUUCCACUUGCGAUUGUUGGAUAUGUGAUGAUUAUAGCCAACUCAUAUCCAAUGGCACUUGUGGAAUGAUUGUGAAAUAUAUGGAAUGUUGGCUAUUGGGGAGGGCAAAAUGAAUGCCCAGGUAAUGAUUAGAGCAUCAAACAUUUUUGAGAAAGAAUGCAGGUCUUGUGAGAACACCACACCACGCACUUAAAAAUACUAUGUCCUGUUGUGGGUGUUGGAGAGGGGAAAAUGAAUGCCCAGGUAAUGAUUAGAGCAGCAAACAUUUUUGAGAAAGAAUGCAGGUCUUGUGAGAACACCACACCACACCACACACUUAAAAAUACUAUGUCCUGUUGUUGAUGUUGUGUUUUUGUGCAUUUUUGCAGUACAGUACAUUGUGUAGUACAUUGAUUCUACAGUUAUGUAGCUGAAGUGUUCUUACUUGGAAAUAGUUGACUUGCCUUACAUUGUGUGUAAAAAAAUUUUUUUUAGGUUUUUACUGAAAGCUAGCUGCAUGCAAGGAAGACUUUUGUUCAGCUGAAAUUUCUUUAUUUCUUUGAUUUGCAAAGUGCCUCCUUAACCUCAAGCAUGUCGCGCUCGCCCACUGUAAACACGACAUGGCCAUGGGAAGGUCUUACCCUCAAACGAUAAGAGAAAAUAUUCUAUACUGUAACAAUAAUGAACUUUCUGUUUGACAAAUCUCUGCCAUUUGGAGUUCACAUGUUUUAUUUCAGUGUAGUAUACAUGUAUUGUAGAUAUUUAAAUACAAUACAGGUAUUAGCAACAGCUCCAUAUGUUGAAAGCAACAAAAAUUGCUUUGGAACACCAGUGAUUGGUGAAAGGACAAAAUAAUACACGCACUUCUCUGUUUCUUCAUGAGUAGUCUUUAAGUUUAAACGACCCGAAUUAGCUCAAAUUAGAUCAAUUACAAUACCUGGAAAAUCUAAGCCAACACAAUUCUUGCUGCACAAACAACAGUCAACACUACAGUUUGGCGAGUGGAUUUCUGGUGCAUGAUUGGGCAGAAAUAACAUUUCCGACAUGGUUUUCUUGGUGGUACUGUAAGCCUGAGAUGCUACAAUAUACAGUGUGAUGAUAAUAAUAAUAAUAAUAACAAUAAUAAAUAAUAUUAGAAAUAUCAAUAAUGACAAUCUAACCCUCUUAAUUGACCAAUCACUACUGUGAAUGUACACUGCUCGUUGAAAGUUAUACAGUGAUAGUGUAUGUUUAUAUUUUUGUUAGAUGCAUCUUGAUCCAAAACCAAAGGACAGUGACUCAGAGGAAGAGGCAAAUGUAGAAAGAAAGAAACCAGAGGGAUCUCGGCUUGCUCCACAGCGAGAGAAGCAAGUUGGGAACACAAGUGAUGUAAGUUGUUUGUCAAUAAAGGGAGUUUAAGAUACCAUGAUGGUGAUGGCAGCAAAAAUGCCUGUUAGAAAGGAAACUUACGUUCUUUAUCAGGAUUAUUCUAACUUGCUUACUUUGUCAAAUUAUGACAAACUCUCCCAGAGUUGAGUUCCUAAGAACUACAUCCAAGUUCAGAAAGAGAAAGAAAAUUUUGUCAUUGUUCUGUUUAAAAGUGGUAAAUUAGGCAUUUUAACUACAGUGUAUAUAGUCCUGCAGUGCAUGGUGGCAAAGAAAUGUACAAAACGUGUGAUGCCUUUGCAGAGGUGUUGUUUUGCUCAAUGAAACCUAACACUUUUUUGAUGUUCUUAUUGCUGUUGUUGUCGUGACAUCUUAAACUCCCUUAAACACAUGGCCUGCUGCUGAGCAUUAUCAUAUUUUAAUUUAAAAAAAUUAACCUUUUUUUAAGACAUCAAGUAUUAUCUAAAAGUUUCUGUUUAUUAAAUAGGUUAAUGACACUGUACCUAUUGUGACAUGUGAAAAUUAGGGCUAGCAAUGGUAUUUUUGUGACCAAAAGAUAUAGCACAAACUAUUAAGAGGCUAAUUUGACAGCUGUUAGAUUUUGAUAGAUAUUGCUGGGUGUUAUGUAGCAUUGGAGUUCCAUGAAAGUGGCAUUUGUCAGUAUGUAUUGGACAAUUUCAGUUCAAGUUUCACCAUGUUGUGACACCUUUGUGGAAAAACUUGCAGUGAGUCAUCAUCAUUGGUGUUAUGUAAAUUCCACAUUUCAAUAAUAAUUCAACACCUUCUGUUGACUUUGUUUUCAGGAUAAUUCAGACUCUGCAAGCUCAGAUAAAGGAUACUGGGUAACUCUUUUUACAUUGUUUCAUUUACUUUAGUUUCAGCAUACUUUGUAGGAGUAUUAUCAUGGCGCAUGUAAGUGUUUUAUUAUAACCUAGAGCUCUGCAUUAAUUUUCUUCUGUUUUUUUCAGUGUGACACAGAGAGUGAGGGUGAGAGGGUAAGUUUAUAUUCAUUUGUUAUUGGUUAAACUAAAAACUUUUAAACAUACUCCUCCCAACUCUUUCAAAUUUGUCUCCGUAAGUAAUAUUUUGUGUUUGCUUAGCUGGCCUGAUAGUUUUUGCCACAUUAAUUUUUGGGCACAACUCAUCUCAAGUGGUUGCAACAUUCUCUUCAAACAUUAUUUAUAAUACUUAUCAUUUCAAAUGAGAAAUUUUGGGGUAUGGUGAAAAUCGCUUUUGGACCAUUGGGAAUUAGCGCCCUAUAAAUAUUGUAUAUUGUAUAUUAUGGUAAAAUAAAAGCAUUAAAGUAAACCUUUUUGUUGAAAUUUAUUAUUUUGGUUUUUUAUUUUGAAAUAAAUUAAGAAUUGAACUAAAUAAGGUUCUCUGGAGAGUUGUCUGUAAGGUUGCUGGUUGUAGGGGCUGGGCUGUGGGUGAAAUGAGCUGAUGAGAAAGGAAGAAACAUGCAUGUGCAUCAUCUUAUUAUUUUUUUUGUAAAAAAUAUGGCAUCAGAGCAAAACAAAAUUUAAACCUGAUACUUGCCCUUAACUAAAUCCUCUGUCAAUUUUUGUUUUAAUUCUCUUUGUUGAUCAUUGUAAUUUGCUGUAGUGAACUUUGAUCUUUUUUGCUACAUGUAUUAGGCUAGAUACUAAAUUUAAGGUCUGAUGGGAAUUUACCAAAAUGCAGAUUUUUCUUGUAUGGAUUAAUGAAUUUGGGGGGGUUCAUUUUUCUAGAUUGGUUGUAUUUUUUGUCAAAUGGUCUUAAAUUAGUUUGCUAUGAGAAAGAUAUUAGUUGGGUAGGUGGGUUAUAAUGGCUUUAAUAUUCCAGUAUUAAAACAAUUAACAAUUAUUUUGCAGUAGUGGCAAAAAUUCAAAUGGUCAAAGCCACUAUUAAAUUAGAAGAAAAUUGUUUUAGUAUAUGAGAAUUCAACAAAAUUUAGGAAAUAUUAGAUGAUUGGGUAAAUGGAGUUUAAAAAAAUAAUGGAAUUUUCAAACAUAUUCCUAAAAGUUUGAAUGAGGAAAAAAAUAAGCCAUUAAAACAAUACUGGAUGGAUGAAAAGUCUUUGUAUCAUUCUUUUUUUCCCUGGUCUUGCAAAAUUUCCUUUUAAAUUUGUUUGUUAAUAUCGAUUUUUGUUAAAUUAUUGUUUUACUAAAAAAAGAUCAUUAUUUUAUUGUUGAAUAGUCCGAGAUAGCGAACCAAUCAGAUUGCUUAAAUCACCAAGAUCACUGAGUGUGUAUAUACUAAUACUGGAUGGAUGAAAAGUUGUGUUUCCUGGUCUUGAAUUAUUCUUGUUAAUAUUCUUGUUAAAUUAUUGUUUUACUAAGAUCAUUAUUUUCGCAAAAGGUGCUUUGUUGAUAUACAUUAUUGUAAGCUGCUCUUUAUUACCAGGCUAUUAACCUAUUUUUAAUGUCAAUUAAAUAUAAAUUAAAGUUUAAAUUACAAGAAAACAAAUAGAUUUGGGUUAACUGUGGUAAUUAGAUGGAACUGUGGGUGUUACGGAGCUUCAAUUGCUUUAUUAAAAUUUAUUACUUUACAAUUUUUGGUAUUUUUCAGAUGUCAGAGAAUGAAUCUGCAGUGACAACAUCUGCUCAAAGUGGUAAGCGUUUUGUGCGUGCAUGUCUAAUUGGUCUGAAUAUUAAAUUCAGCUUCCUAUAAUUUGGGCAUGUGAACAGUUUUCUGUACACUGGAAGAGGGAUAUGCACCCAAAAUUUCUGUAAAAAAUACAGGGUUUGUACAAAGUCUUGAAUUCUUGAAAAAAGUGUGGAAAAUGGAAAUAAAAUCUGGAAAGGUAGUAAAAAGUCUUGGCAUAUUUUUUCUUUCAAGCUACCUCAAGUGCUUUAUAGAGGAAAUUUAUUAUUAAUUUUUUGGGCUACCUCUGAAUUGAUUAACUGGAUAUUCCACUAUUUAUAAACUUCUUGAACUCCAGUUAUAGUACUGUAAUGUAUUUAGUGUAAUGUAACAUGCCUGAAAUAUCAACAAUUAACCUUCAUAUGAACGUAAAAACAUGAAUAAGUUUCAAGGAUUAUUCUUAAGCCAGGAGGUAGUACGUGUAGAUCUCUUAGUUUGUAAACAAAGUUUCCCUAAGUUUAGUGUUUGUUUGUAAUCCUUUCUUGAUUUUGUAUUUCUUAUAGGAACAUUAUUAAAUAAGACAUCAGUAGCCAUAUCUAAACCCGUUUCUGGAGAAAGCUCUGAUAAAGAGGCUGAGAAAAGUACAUCAAAACCUUCAGAAUGGCCAAGGUAAUAACAGCCAAUAAUAAUAAUAAUAAUAAUAAUAAUAAUAAUAAUUAAAAUACUUAUAUAGGUGAGAAUACUUGCUGAUGUUCAUAGCGAGUCUCGCUGCUGCAUUCUGAAUACGUUGCAAUUUGACAAUCUGUGACUUAAGCAAAGCAUACAGAAGACUAUUGCAAUAGUCUAAGCGACUGGUUAUAAAGUCAUUGUAAUUAACUGUUGCAAAUUAAUGUACCAGUAAGCUAAUCAGGUUUGGUUUCAAUCUCUAAAUGGGACAUGUAAAUCGUUGAUAAUAGUUAUUAGCUAUUAUUGAAUAAGUCUGAGCAGGAUGUGACGAAUUGCACAGAUUGAGGAUAGUGUCAUCCACCUCGAUCAUCAGACACCCUCCUCAAUCUGCAUAAUUCUUCAGAUCAACUGAAAAAGCUGAAUUCAAUAAUUGUGUUAAAUUACAUGUAUUAUUCAUAACAAAGAAUUCAUACUUACAAUAAUUAAUGUAAGGUUCCUACCUUCAUUUGCCUGCUUUUUGGCAAAAUCAGGAUUUAAAGGGAUGUUUAGCGUAGCAGAUUUUCGUCAGAUAGCAAAUUGUCUUUGUUCGAGUUGUAUUUUGGCUGUUCUUUCUAUGUUUUCAGGCAGUAAUUUAGCUAUUUUUUCUUUGCAAAAUGUGUAAAAUUUGCUGCUAUUUUUGCUAGUUCCACAAACACAAUGCAAACUUGUCCGUAGGGCUUCUUAGUUACCGUGUUGUGGUUCAAUUUUAUGCUUGGUUUAAAGUUUAUUUCCUUUUGUUUUAAACUCAUUAUCAUACAUUACCAUAACCUAAAACAAAGGGAAAUAAAAUUUAAACCAAGGAUGAAAGUGAACCACAACAGCCACGCCCUUUCCUGUUGGUUGUCGGGCACCAUUGAUGUAAUUUUCCACCAAAUAUGGAAAAUUUUACAGUGUUUCCCUACUUGGUUUCCCAAAUGUAGACAAUGGUAGCUGAUUAUGAAGAAUUGGCCAGGGCAUUUAGUCAAUCAGAAAUGGGAAAUAUUUUGAACGAAUGAUAACUUUAUUUAUUGUAUUUCUUGUUUAGUUCAUCAACCGUAACAUCUCAGCGCCCCAGCAGCCGCAGCACAAGCACUUCAACAAGCCUCCACUUGGCACUUAGUUCCACAGCUACAACUGCAAGCCACCCUAUGACGCCCUCAUUUGGACACCCUCAUCAUAGCAGCUUGUUCCCACACUUUCCUUCAUUUCAUGCCCAUCCUGGUGCCCUGGGCGGCUACUCUCAUGGACCGGCUGGCGAGUCACCUUUUCCUUAUCCAAGUAAUGCACUUAAUGAUUCAGACACUGGCUUGACACCACCCCACACCACCCCCCUUGGCAAGGAAGGUCAUCUGGAAAAUGUGGAGGUGUAUGGUGGUGUUAAAACCAUGGCUGAAUUAAGCACUUAAAAGAAAGAUUAGGCAAUACUGCACUUGCACUUUCCUAUAAAGUACCUACAGAGAGAAAGAGAGGUUUUUACUCUUUCUCUCGUUAUGGUACUUCAAUAAUAAAAUACUUUUCAGGUACUAAUUAACUAUCGCUUAGCAAUUUCUCAUAAAGUUACCUUAAUAGACAUUUUUCCCACAGACUCAAUAGGUAGAGCAGCUAAUAAUGUUCAACACUGUGAGGUAUAGCUUUUAAAAAUUUAGUUCAGAUUUCAUUUUUGUAAAUUUUGAGGGUAAAGAAAAUGAAUUCCGAGAAAAAUGUCAAAUUCCCGUUUGGAAAACACUAGAAACAAAAUAUUAACUGAGAUUUCAUUUAUGUGGUCAUGCACUAUAGGAUAUAAUUUCCAGUCUUUGUAAAAGCAAAUAAGAGUGUGCACACACUUAAAAGUACUGUUGGCGAGGUUUCGCUUAAAUCGUCACACACCACUAUAGGAUAUUGUCCACGGACUCAAAAGAAAGGAUCACUUUGUACAGUAACAGCACCUCAAGAAAGUACAAUGUACUGCUUUUGUUUGAUUUAUGUCCUAGGAUUUAGUCCACAGACUCAUAAGUGAGGAGUUUGUCGGGUUAAAUCAAACGUGUUUGGGCUGAAAUGAGAAUAACUGGCCUUAAUGAGACUGAUCCAGUGUAUAUGUUGCACAACACUUUUUUUGUCAAUCCUGAGACUGAAUAACUCGCCUACUUCAUACAGGUCCUGAACUUCUGCGCCAUGAACUGAAUAAUCGUUUCCUGCAGUCACAUGCAGACAGAGUUCCCCCUGGGCUGAGUGCAUCACAGCUCAUGCAUUAUGAAAGUCAUCAGCAUCAUCACCAACACUUGCACCAACAUCAGCAUCAACACUUCCACAGCAAUGGUACCCCAGUUAUCACUCCACAGGCACCCCAGUCUGUGGUGAGUUGUUAUGUGUGUGAAAUGAUUAUUCUGGUUUAUUUCCUUUAGCAACAGCAUUUUAAUACUUAGAGUCUGUAUUUCAUGGAGAAAAGUUGAGUUCCCAAUAUUGUUGACCUGAGGAAGUGAUCAUGUUGUAAACUUAAGGAAAAUUUUUAGGAUGUUUGGUCGGAUAAUAUUAGAUGGUCAACUGUCAUUUCCGUUUAGCCACGGCGUGUCUAAGGAGUAGAGAAGUGUUAUGUUGUGCUUGUUCUACGUAGAAACAAGUGGACAGUGGCUGCAUUUCUCUCGCACUGUUCAAUGUAUGCAUAGUUUUUCUACACCGAAAUUCUUCAACAACAUGUACCUUCUCUUUCUCACAUUUAUAUGGGGGAAAUACUUAUUCACAAUUCACUCGUAGAGGGCAUUCCUUUCACAGGCGACUUCCGAAAACCACUCGCAUUUUGCGAGUUUGCGAUCGUUGAUAAUAGAGAGCUUUAGAUUCGAGGACGAGGGCAACUACGAUGACGUCAUUUAAUUUUAAGUUUUCUCGCCUAUUCUCUAAAAAUAGACACCCAGGAAAGCAUCCUUGUACAUUUUUUUUGGCCAAAAAAGUUAGUUCGCUUAUUUCCGUUGAGAGACGUAAAGCCCUCUCCCGAUCGCUAAAUGAUAAGAAUAUAAGAUUCCUAACAUUUGAUAACUUGUUUUUGCCACUACUGCAUUCUCCCUAAAACUCGUAGUAGAAUGAUGAUGGCCAUCACGUUUCCCGCCAAAAUGACGCUGGUUCACGCGCGAGCAGUCGAGCACUACUUAAAGUUGUGCAAAUCUCGUUCUCGUUGUCGAACUCGUCUUUCAAUCUGAAGGUCUCUAAAAUUAUGUCCUGGGUCUCGACGGGGCAAUUCGGGGUGCAGGGAGGGGCAAGGAAAGGGGGAAGAAGCAUGGAGAUUCUGGAUGCAUAUCAUGAUUUUGUAGCAACAUUGUGACUAGUGGGGCAUUCUUUAACCGAUCGAAUUUAGCCUUUACACCCAUCCCACGAAAAAUACGCAGCAUAUUUUUCUUCAUUGUGCUAAGUUGCUAUGCACACUUAGACACCAAACAGGGACAAAAGCUAAGCCAACAUUUUCUGUUUUUAUAACUUUCUUUGGAUUUUUAUUGAAUUGAGAGUAAUCUAAAAUUUCCUUAGGGUUUUGCGUAAACUCUUGGACUGUUUUUUUUUGUUAGUUUUUUUUUUUUAAACAAGCCUUCUUUCCUUGUCUUUUUUUUUUGUCGCCAGCUUGGAGCUUCUCCUGGUGGUUCUUAUUUUGCUCCUCAUUCUCCAGUUCCUCCCCCUCUCAUUCAGAAGGUAUUGUUUUUGUGUGAUUGUACUUAAGUGAUAGUAUUGCUUCUCUGUCUUUCUGUUAAACUCAUUAUUUCUGGUCCCUUAUGUAGUGCAAGUGCUUAUGUGCUAACUGUAUUUUAGGAUUCUGGAAGUCUAUGUUGGUGCUCAAGGAACAACUAGAAAUCCUUAAACGCCCACUCUAAUCCUACUUCCGGCCGCUGUUGGAAUUCGUUAGAAAUUUAUUUAACUGUUCUUUUGUCUCCCAGGGGACAUUUAAGAAAUCUUUCAGGGUAUAAAUGAAAAUAUUCCUCUUAUUUUCUUGACCUCUGUCAAUUCGUUGGGGAAUGUGUCGAGAGAUAAGAGACCCCUUUUCUGUAAGUCAUCAGUGAACAUGACAGAAAACCACGGAAAAGCACGAUCGUGACGGUCGUUUGGAUACCGUAUUUUCUCGAAUAAGUGCCCUCCCCCGAAUAAGCGCCCCCCUCCCCCUCCCCCCAUCCUUUCCUUACUAAUAGGGAUACAAGGAAAACCUGUUUUUGUUGUCUUUUCGGUGGUAACUCUGUGUGUAAACCGUAUAAUGGACUAAGGUACGCUUGAUUACCGACAGGAAAACUUAGUAAGCUCCCCUCUCGAUCGAGUGCCCACCUACCAACAGGGGUCUUUUUUGCAUGAGCAUGCGCGACCGCUGAACAAGCGAUGUGCAUGGAGGCUCAUCACAGGGUUUGCCUUCAUCAAAAUGGCGCGUCUCAACGCUAUCAUAGCGAUUAUUUUGCUCGUUGGUCUUGGCGAAUGUGCUCGCGAUUUAACAAAAUGUGUAGUUUCCAAAAAAAACUCUAACAUGGUCUUAACAAAAGCGAAGUAGACCGGCUUUAACAUACACGAGCUACUAUCAAAUUUCAUCUCCCCACUUGACCUGGACAACAGCGUGCGUAUAUGUAGUGCCUGGAGGAUUGCGCUGACCUCAUCAAAGUCUAAACAAAGUGCAGAAACGUUUGUUGAUGCAAGUAAACACUUUCAGUUUUCUUUGUUUUGAAAUGGGAAAGGAAUAGAAAUAUUUAAAAAAAGACAUUGCAAAUUUGAGCGAGUGGGUUCGAAGUGCGCGAAAGCUGAUGUUCAGUUCAGCAGUGAAUUAAUAUAUGUUCUACAAUUUUCCCAGCACUUUAAAACUACAAAAUUAAGAGCACACGAGACGUAGAUUAGUCACCUGGUGAGAUGUUGGUGGUAGUGACUCUGUGUGUCUCGAACAGUAGAAAAAAUGAAUAUCAAUGAGACACAGUCAAAACUGCAAUCAAUAGGACCGAAAUUAAAGUCCAAUCUUGUGACCGAUUUUGAUGAAACAAACGGUUAGGUUUCCCAAGAAGUACAGUAAACAUGUGAUGCCGACCAAAAGUCAAAAAUCAUUAGAACGUUUAAAUUCUCGCUAAAAGCAAAUUCCUGUAAAAGAUGCGUUACAAUGUUAGUCCACGGAAAAACAAGAAGUUCUACAAUUUUCGUAUAAACAAACUUUGUAUCGCUAAAAUACUUAAGGCAAAAACUUUCUAUUCCAACUGAAAACGGCGUGGUAGUCGCCCGCUGAUCGUUAUUAAUCCACUCCCGAAAUAUGGCUAAAUCAGCUAUUAACAAAUUAUUGACAGAAAUCCUCUACGGCAUCGAGAAACUGAUUUACAUCCGAUUUAUAGACAAACACUAAAUAAAGAACAUUUUGCUCAAUAGCUACGCACCAGCAAUGCAUUCUAUGCUAAGCUUUGCGGUUCUUAAAGGGGAAUCAAGACACGAGUCGAGCACCAAACAACAACAAGCAGCCAUGUUCGUGUCAGACAUCCUUGAGAAACUUGCUCUUUCACCUCGUUCGGCGCAUCGGUCUCCACUUUAAAUCAACAGAUCUUUACUUAUUUUGUACAACGAAGGUCUUUCCUAAGUUCCUGCUACCAUUUCAAUCUCAAGCAAGCUUUCAAGGUGAACAAUUUGGUUCCUAUGACUAUGCAGCACGGUCGCUGUCACUGGUCGCGUGCUCUUUGACAAGUCAGCGGUCGCGCAUGCUCAUGCAAAAAAGACCCCUGUUCCACCUACCAACAUUAGGCCAAAAUUUUAAAUAAGCGCCCCGGCGCUUAUUCGAGGAAAUACGGUAUUUAAAGAAGAAUUGAUGGUCAAUUUUAAAGAAGCAGUAUCAAGCACUCCACAGAGUAUGUUUUUAGUUAUCAAAGCCCUAGCGUCGCCUCUUUUUUCAGCUGGAGUGGUUAGAUAGUGUAACAGUGAGGCGAAUCGUGCGCGCUCGCGCGAUCGAUUUUCCCUCUGACUUUCGUCUACCUGCAAAGUUCACGUUCUCGUGCGACCUACUUGAGUUUGCCACGUAGGCUAUGCAUUUGUUCGAAUCCUCUUCAUCGUGUGGUUCAUAUACUUCUUAUCUCGUUUGAUCAGAAAACUGGGUUUUCGUAAUUGAUUCGAAUUUGCUGACCUGUAUAAUUAAUUAAUUUAAGUAGUCAAUAGCUCCAUUAAAACUAAUUUCGAUUUCUCUUCUCUUUAGAAGCCUGGAAAAUGGUGUGCGACACAUGUUCAGAUCGCGUGGCAAAUUUAUUACCAUCAACAGAAGGUAAAAAUUAUUUUAUUUAGAAAAAGGAAAACUUGCAGGGUACAUAAUGCCAUUCUACCUGCGUGAAGUUGUUACAGAUUUAUUCUAUUCGUUGGAGUUACUGUAUAGUCACUUGAAAAAUUAAUCGUACGAUUUAAUCAAAAUUGUGGCAGUAACAGUUUCCUUUUUGGCGAAGGUACGAAUUUAAUCGAGUUUUUACUUCCACACUGUUUGAAUAUUUUAUAAGACGAUUACAACUGUCCUUGCAAGGCAUGGUAUUUAGAAUCAAAAUUUCAGCGUCGUGUGUGGUAUUGAAUAAUGUCUUAGCAUUCCUAGUACCUGCAACGAAUUGUUACCGGGGUCGUGGCAUAAUGGUUGCCCUAGCGUAAAAGUGAUGGCGAUAACUAAAUGGAAAUUUCAACUGUAGGGUAACUGUUUGUGUCGGAAAAUAGUCAAUAAAUAAAUAAAAAUUGUGAGGCUAAGAAUUCUUUUUCAGUAAUAAAUGGGAAAUUAAAUCAUGAGAGAGUUAGCCUGUGAAUACAGCCGUCUGUCCUCGAUUCUCACCGCUGGGGACAUUUCGCUAGCCGAGAUGAGCGAGGAGAGAAGGUUGUAGUCGUGGGCUAUGAGAGAAUUUUAGCCCAGUUAUGCAUGAGGCGGCAACAACCGAAGCCGUGAUUGAAUCAGUAGGGAUGAUUCAACUGGUCUGACUGCAUCCCAAAGGAUCUUCAUUUUGAUUAUAUAAUUUUGGUGCCCUUUUCUUAGAAUGUUAAGAAAAUUAGUUCAAACUACGUUGUAAGAGUAACCUCUUGCUAAGCGCACCCUGCUAGUGUCUAUAUUCUACGUUCUUGCGUAGAAUACGCUACUACCUCUCAUCAAAGCUACUCAUUUCUCUUUUGAUUUGUUGUUAUCUUGUCUCACCCGACAGGUUCAGGCUGAAUUACACAAAGAUCCUCAUGUAAAACCAGAGCAAGUGUCCAUCAGCAGGUCUGGAGGCUGUCUGUCGUUAUCCACUCGCCCCAGUACUCAUGAUGCUCCGUAUCCUGUUCACGGUGGUCCUGGAACAGUGAGUCCAGUUGCAGCGCCUCCCAUUCCUGCGGGUGGUAAGGAAUAUAGUUAUUUCUAGCGUGUGUUAUCACUAAGAUAACUUGUUUUGACCUCCAACAUAGCUUCCUUGUCAGGUGUUUUCAAACCAAGAAUGUUCUUAGUUGCUGCGUUUGAAACAUGACUUGUACUUUUAUUUCUUGCACAGCUGGUCCGUUUUUACCGGGAGCUCCCAUACCUACAGCUCAUGGAUCCAGUCACGGUCUGGUGGCCCCCUUCAGUGGAGGAUCCAUGGGAAUCGGCUCGUCUACCUCACCCAGUAUGAUGGGUCUGGGGGGCAGCCCAGUGGGAGGACUGAGGUCAGGCUUAGGUGCGUCUAUUUCCAGUCCUUUCAGGAGUACUGCGAGUAGCAGUUUAACUGGCAGCUCUCUAGGCCUUGGAUCAAGUUAUGGUGUCACCCAUGGAAUUAAUCGUGAUUGGGGACGUGUGCCGGGUUGGCUUAGCCGCGAGAAUGAACGGGAGAAGGAUCGUGAACACGAACGUGGUAGGGAACGAGAACGCGAGCUUGAACGUGAGCGUGAAAGAGAUAGGAGUCGAGAUCGUGAUCAGGAUAGAGAUAAGGAGAGAGGCAGGCUUGAGUCACCCCACAGAGUUGGCAACUUACUGUCCAGUAAACCCUCGGAGCGAGAGAGGAGUGCAGUUCAUGUCUCCGAUGAAGAAACUGACAAGCAACGUGACAGGGAAAAGCCAGCAGAGGCUCGAAGAUCUCCAAGUAGCCGACCUACACAUUCCACAGGCUUUAAUAUCGCUAGUUUGACCAGCGCGGAUCCUAAAAGGGAAACCUCGCCAUCAUCACAAGAAAUCAGAGGUUCUUUGGAACGCACUUCUUCCACUUCCGCCUCCUUCUCAAGUAUUAUUUCCGGCAGCCGGAGGGACGAGUUACCCAAGUUAUCCAGCGAAAGGAGAUUAACUGAUGAACAUGAACUUGUUGUACUAUCAAGUGACAGACAUAGCGGUGUACUUGGUAAUCCACACGGUGUCUUCACAAGUUUCAUGGACAAACGAAACAUUUACGAAGAACGAGAACGAGCCGACCUUGCUCGACUCGCCGCUCAUCCUCCGAUGGCGCGCCGUAUCGGGGGAUACCCUCCUCCCCAUCUUCAUCCACACCCGUAUUCCAUCCCUCAUAGCCACACCCAUCCUCACAUUCCUCCACCUUCUAUCUUCGCCCCUGGAUCCUUAAGUAGCCAUCCGUAUCUUAGUGGUUCCGCCAUGUCAGCUGUCACACACCCGCCAGGCAUCCCGGGAUUUCUUCCCCCGCGUGGAAUGCUGGGAUUGCCUCUGCCUGGCAUGAGACCGCGAAGUCGGAGUCCAGGGGAUGCAGUAGGAAGCGAGCAUGUACGCACUGCAGACAUUCUCUUGGCUGCGCCUGAUAGGCCAUAAGCGGCGAAAAUAUAACGGUGUAUAGUAUAUAAAUUUCCGAUGCUGGAAAUUGGUAUAAAGCUCCCUGUUUUCUCCAUUGCGAAAGAGACAUUCUGGUUUAGAUAUUAAUAUUAUUAAUAAUAUUUAAUAACGAUUGCUGAUUCGCCAAAAUCUGUAUACGAGCUUUUCGAUUUGUGUGUGUGGUUUUCCACCAACUGUCUUUUCUCGUUUAUUGUCAUUCUCUAUGACCUACAACUAGUUCGCAAAGCUCAUGCAGUGAACGAGUAAGUUUAAGAUUUAUUUUCGUCGCUCAAGUGCUGUGAAAAAGUCGCUUGUACCUAUACAUAGUGGUAUAUAAUAUUUUGAAAAAAUUUGUUUUCUUGUGUCACAUUGCGCCUUCUUUGUUUAUAAAUUGAUCAAUGUAUGGACCAACGGGCAGGGUUGUUUUUAGAACAGGUUAUUACAUAGUUCAAGGUUACGAUGUUUUAGACUGGUUGAUAUCAUCUCAGAUUUUGAGCAGUGUAAUGAACAUUUCCCUGUGUUUAUGUCACUUUGCCUACAACUUAACGUCAUUUCAGCAAAACUAGAAUUGAAGAGGCAAGCAAUAAACUUAACGGGUUUUGGUGAAUCAGCACAAAAUUAAAAUUUUCAGGCUUCAAACUGAGUUUUGUUACUUUGCCCUCUCUCAGGUUUUUGAUCCGCCGCUUAUUUCUUACUUCUAGUCGCGAAUAUGGCUCCAAGUUUCACGUUUGAAAUUGCAAAAGAAAGCAUUUUUUCCAGAAUGUUCUUAUUA